AACGGUCGGGUCAGAAACACCCUCACCAUGGCUGGUGGAAAUACCGGCAUCGUGGCUUCGGCCAACAAUCUUUUCUUACAAAUCUUUACAUGUGGUUACAUGCUCAUACAGAUGUUCAUCAAUUGGAUCUUCGCCCCGAGUCCGCCUCCAUCCAACUCGGUCGCUGACUCUCUCCCGGGAAAGAGAAUCGCCAUCAUUGGCACCGGCUUGACAGGCGUGUCCUCGGCCGCCCACGCAGUGGGCCAUGGCUUUGAUGUCCAAUUGUUCGAGUCGCGAUCCAAGGAGAAGGGAUUGGGUGGGAUUUGGAGCCGAGUGAACUCCACCUCGUCGCUGCAGAUCCACAGUAUCAUGUACCGCUUCCAUCCCUCCGUCCGAUACGACACGGCCUAUCCCACCCAGCAGGAGAUCAAAGACCAAAUUAUCGAUGUGUGGAAACGCUACGAUCUUGAGAAACGCACGGUGUUCGAUACCCCGGUCACCUCGGUGAAGCAAACCGACGACGGAAAAUGGAUCAUCAAUGACGACGAAGCUGCCUACGGUCAAUUUGACGGUGUGGUGGCCGCUGUUGGCGUGUGCGGAGACCCGAAGCAGCCCACGUUGCCGGACGAGUCGCAAUUCGGCGGGAAUAUCUACCACUCGUCCGAGCUGGACGGCAAGAACGUCAAGGGCAAGAAGGUCCUCAUCAUCGGCGGCGGUGCCAGCGCCAUCGAAGCGCUGGAGUUCGCAGUCAAGUCCGGGGCCGGUGAAAUCGACGUCCUCUCGCGUUCGGAUAAGUGGGUCAUCCCGAGGAACAUCUUCGUGCAGUCACUACUGGCCAUGAACAUCUUCGGUCAGGAAACGAUGCUGUCGUGGAUCCCCGAGUGGUUGCUGCACAAGUUCUUCUACCGUGACCUGCAGGACAUCGCCCCGUCCGGCGGUCUCUUCACGCAAACCCCGAUGGCCAACUCGGAGCUGUUUGAUCAAAUCCGCGAGGGCAAAGCCCGCUGGCUACGGGGUGACAUCAUCUCCGUCAAGGAAGACGGCAUUCUCUUCAACAGCCGGCCCAAGGGUGUUCCCAAGGGUGGUCCCGGACGCGAGAAGCUCGUCUCCGGUGACGUUAUCAUCAUGGCAACCGGAUUCAAGCGCCCCUCGCUCAACUUCCUACCCGACGACGCCUUCCAGGAACCGUACGGCCCGCCGAGCUGGUACCUACAGGUCUUCCCGCCGAAAUACAUCAGCAUCUGCGCCAACAACAGCACCUACAUCGAUGCCAUCGGAACGGUGGGCAACAUGCACAUCGGGAUCUACACGCGCUUUCUGCUCAUGUUCCUCACCGACCCGCUGACCCGGCCCACUGAAGGACGGAUGAAGACCUGGAUUGACUUUACGCGGUUUAUGAAGCGGCUUGCCCCGACAGGCGCGUUCCAAUUCUUUACCUACACUGAGCUGAUCUACUGGUUUGUCUUUAUCAUCUUGGUGAACCCCUUCCGGUGGAAGUGGGCGCCGUUCGUAUUGUUCGGUGUGGGACGCAGUCUGCCUCUUCAUGUGGUCAGUAAGGAGGAGAUGUUCCGGCGAGAGUUGAACAAGCAGCAUGAUGAUUAG